GUGGCUAGCUUCACACUGGUAAGGUAACUGAACAAGGAAGCACUGCAUGUUUGUCGUUUGCUCCCUGUGACACACACAAAAAAAAUCUCAUUCCCAUUUUCCUUCGAAUACAUUGGCUAGAGGAAACAGUAGAGAAGUCCACCGUGAAUUCCAAAGCUUCCCUGAAUUUGAUGUGUUUUUAUGGUACCAGAGUUCACGUGAAGUUCAAGGAGCAGCUGGAGCAGAGAGAACCUACAAGGACCCGCUAAUAACCUCCAGACAGGCAGACCUUGUCAUCAGCCCUCAAGAGAUGACAGAGGCCAUGUUCGGGACAGGGAAUGAUCAGUGGGUCUGUCCCAACGACCGGCAGCUGGCCCUUCGAGCCAAGCUGCAGACAGGCUGGUCGGUGCACACCUUCCGUACAGACCGACAGAGGAAAAGCCAGAUGCUGGAGCAGCAGGAGGUGGAGAUCAUCCUUAGUGUCAUCCGCAGGGCUGAGCAACUUGAGCAGAUUGAACAGCUCCGCAUCGGGAGGCUGGUGGAGCGUCUGGACAACAUGAAGAAGAGUGCGCUGGGGAACGGCCUGUCCCAGUGCCUGCUGUGUGGGGAGGUCCUGGGCCUCCUGGGAAACCCCUCCAUCUUCUGUCAGGACUGCUGCAAGAAAGCAUGCACCAAAUGUGGCAUUGAGACCCAGUGCAGUCAGAAAACAACCCAGUGGCUGUGCAAGAUCUGCAGUGAACACAGAGAGGUGUGGAAGCGCUCUGGAGCCUGGUUCUACAAGGCCCUGCCCAAUUACGUGCGCCCAGGGAAGGAGGGGCAGAGUGGUGCAUUUCUCGGACUGCAAGGGGCCCAGAGAGGAGGACAGAAGAUGGCCAAGAGUUCCACAGUCAGUCAGACCUACACAUGGGCAUACAGCAAAGUGGUGUCUAGUGGCAGCGAGUCGGACCACAGUGAGGGCAGCGUGGAGAGCAAGGUGUCCGGCCCCGGUCUCCAUGAGGACAAGCAGCCCCCCGACUCAGUGUUUAAUGGGGGGCCGAUCAGGACCCCAACUGGGCUGGGCUGGUGCCCACAUGGCAGCCUGCUGUCAGAGAGCCGCUCCAGCCUAGCCAGCGAGCCUCCCAACAGCACCCCCCCCCUAGCAGUCCCACCUGAGGACUACGACACAGACCACAGCCGGCCCUCCUCUAUACCCCCCGUCCUCAUCCGGGCCAGCUCGCUGCGCUCGUCCUCGGCCAGCCACAACUCUGGGGAUGACCAGGCAUGCUCCCACACCGAUGACGACCCAGGCCGGGCCUUUGGCGGUGCUGCCGCCGCCCUGUCACACGCAGCAACCGGCAAGAAGGAGGAGGAGCCGGACAUGGAAGGCUAUGACUCUGACGACUCAACUACGUUGGGGACCCUGGACUUCAGUUUACUGUAUGACCAGGAGAACAAUGCUCUGCACUGUACCAUCAACAAAGCCAAGCUCCCCAUCCCCAGGUAUAAGAAGGGGCUCAAACCCAUGGACCACAACGGGCUCUCGGAUCCGUAUGUCAAACUGCACCUACUGCCUGGGGCCAGUAAGGCCAAUAAACUUCGCACCAAGACCCUGCGCAACACCCUCAACCCUGUCUGGAGUGAGACCCUGACCUACUACGGCAUCACCGAUGAGGAUAUGGUCCGCAAAACACUCAGGAUUUCAGUGUGUGAUGAGGACAAGUUCCGCCACAAUGAGUUCAUCGGUGAGACGCGCAUCCCCCUCAAGAAACUCAAGCCCAACCAGACCAAGAACUUCUACAACUGCCUGGAGAAACAGCUACCUAUUGACAAGACAGACGACAAGUCCCUGGAGGAACGAGGGCGCAUCAUGAUCUCCCUCAAGUACAGCUCACAGAAGUCUGGCCUGGUGGUGGGCAUCGUCCGCUGUGCCCACCUCGCCGCCAUGGACGCAAACGGCUUCUCAGACCCCUAUGUCAAAACGUACCUGAAGCCUGAUGAGAACAAAAAGUCAAAACACAAGACUGCUGUCAAGAAGAAGACCCUUAACCCAGAGUUUAACGAGGAGUUCUUCUACGAAAUCAAAUACGCCGACCUCAGCAAGAAAACCCUGGAGGUAACUGUGUGGGAUUACGACAUCGGCAAGUCCAACGAUUUCAUAGGUGGUGUGUCCCUGGGCAUCAGCGCAAACGGGGAGAGGCUCAAACACUGGUUCGACUGUCUCAAAAACAAGGACAAGAAAAUUGAGCGAUGGCACACACUGACCAACGAACUUCCUGGUACAACAUUCAAUGACUAAUGGCCCCUCCCCACUAACUACUGUGGACAGGAGUUCAGCCUUGAUCGACACACUCCAGCUUUCCCGUUUCCAGAGACGUUUAACAAAUCAAAGCUCUUCUUUUCUGUAUUUCUAUCCUAAGGUUUUGGUCUCAUCCGUUAUCUUCUAUCCCUUUCUGAUAAUGUGCUGUGUCUUUAGGGCUUUUCUGCACAAAACUAGAAUGAGAUGAGAAUCUAUUCCUGUGGUUUGCUGUCCGGCGAUGCAUAUUCACUAGGUUUACUGGCAGCAGUUUAUUGGCAGAUUGUGGGGAAUGUGCACUUUGUUGAAAUGAAAGGAGAAAAGGGUGGAUUAUUUACUUCAGACACAAAAGUAUAUGUAUUGUUUAAAGUCUAGGAUGCAGCUCCACACACCUCUGAUGUUCCUCUGAAGUUCAUGUUUGCCAGAGAAAGGGGGCUAAAGACCCAAGUAAUGUGUUUUAUAGAGAGCCUACUUUCAGGUCAUUGCAAAUGUCUAAUCCUGUGAAGGGUUUGGGCUAAGGGAGGGAAAUGUGGAAGGGGAGGGUGCAAGGCAUUUUAAUAUGCUAGCUCUAAGUACUGUAUCUCGUUGCUUAUGUGUUUCAGUUGUUUUUUAAGUAGUGUAAAAUGUACGCCACCCCAGUCAGUAUAUCAGAUGAAUGUAGGGUGCUGUGUGUUAUUGAACUAGUUCAUACAUAAAACUCAAGGUCUGAUAAAUAUCAGAGUUGCGUUGGAUAGCAUGGGAGGAAGAGAAUUGAACUUCUGCAGCCUAAUGGCAAACUGUUUUUGACGUUGCCUGAGGCGAAAUAUUACCAUAAAUCUAUAUUUUUACAUUUCCUCAUUGGCUGUUUAAUGAUUAAUAAUGAGAAGGCAAUAUGGCUCAACUCACUUCAUGCUUAUAUUUUGAAAUCAAAGUCGGUUUUGAUAUUAAUUAAUCAUUUUAUGUUCACCUUUUUAUUGUUGCCCUAAAAUGUAUGUUUGUGUGCGCGCACAUAUUUGUGCUGUAUGUGUGUCUGUGAACGGGACCGAGAAUUGUCCUUUUAAUUGUGAAAUAUUAAACUGGCCAAUUCUUACUCAAUAGGUAAUAACUGUACAUGUAUUGCUAGUGUUUUCCACUGCAUAGCAGCUAACAACCAGUGGUGGAAAAAGUACCCAAUUGUCAUACUUGAGUAAAAGUAAAGAUACCUUAAUAGAAAAUGACUCAAGUAAAAUGGAAGUCAUCCAAUAAAAUCCUACUUGAGUAAAAGUAUUUGGUUUUAUAAAUAUACUUAAGUAUCAAAAGUAAAUGUAAUUGCUAAAAUAUACUUAAGUAUCAAAAGUAAAAGUCGAAAUCAUUUCAAAUUCCUUAUAUUAAGCAAACCACACAGCACGAUUGUCUUGUUUUUGAAAUUUACAGAUAGCCAGGUGUACACUCCAACACUCAGACAUAAUUUACAAACAAAGCAUUUGUGUUUAGUGAGUUCGCCAGAUCAGAUGCAGUAGGGAUGACCAGGUGUCAUGGGAAAAGUACAUUUAUUUUAUUUUCGAAAGUAGUGGAGUGAAAGUUGUCAAAAAUAUAAAUAGUAAAAUAAAGUACAGAUACCCCCAAAAAAAUACUUAAGUAGUACUUUAAAGUAUUUUUAGUUAAUAAGUACUCUACACCACUGAUAACAACUAUGACAUUACAUGAUUAUAAGUUGUUUAAUUUUGUGUUAUAAUUUAUUUUACCCAUAGUGUUGUUUUGUCAAAGCUUAUGUCUUACUUGAAAAAUGUAAAGACAUGUCCCAUUUCAUUCUUUAAAAUGCUGUGAGCUUAAUAGCUCCCAAGGGGUAUAUUUUCCAUCUCCAUUGACAAACCCAGGUAGACUUCUUGUUACUACUUCAUGUUCAAAGUUUAGUCAAGACGCGGUAAAAUAUUGCACUUGUCAAUCUGAGCGUUACGGUCUCUCUGGCCUGGUGUGGACUAACCUCACGUUGCAGGAGUAAAAUAAACACCUGAAACUCGAUCCCCUACAUACGGGCCUUGACGAGAAGAAAACUUUUGGGUGAGGUUCCCUUCUGCACUGUUCAACCAAUCCAGUAAAUGUGGAGGAGUUAAGAUGGAGUGGUUCCUUGUUAACAUCCUAAAGUGGAAGUCUCUCUUUCCAUUUCCCCUGAAAACCAGAACAUCUGGUUGUUGGGGACUCGGCAGAGGCUGUGUGGACAGUGAUUUGUGAAAUGCUAACUCUCAUUGGCUAUGUGGCAGUGCUGGCAGGACAAUAUUCACCCCCUCUACAGUACCAACUAGAAGUUGUUUUGGACACCAAGGUCCAACCCAAUCUCUUCCUCAAUUCUACAGGGCGUCAGGCAGGCAAUCAAGGUGGUCUCUUUCUUGAAUGCAUAUACAGUCGCAACAGUUAACUUGUGACAUUUUUUUUUUAUCUGUUUGCCUUUGUAAAAAAAACAAAAGGAUAUUAUAACAAAAAUGCAUGCAAAUGUGAUUGGAAAGUCAGGAAAUGACUGCUUAAUGAUACUGCUGUUUUUCUUUGGGGGAAAAAAAUAACUGUGGAUGCUACAAGAAUGUCAAUCUUUCUUCUGGACAACGUUUUGUACCUUUGAACACUAUUGCAUUGCCUGCGAGGCUGCUGUAUUGAUUGUCUGGGAAUGUGACCGCAUGUGAAGAAAAAUCUCUCCCUCUCUGUUUGUUCAUUUUGUUAACACUCAGGUGGUUGUUUGCAUAAUUCUGUUGGUUCUAUGGUAAAAAAAAAAAAAAGCUAAAUAUUUUCUCCUAUUUCAUCUUACUUUUGCACCGAAUGGCCGAAUGAUUGUGCCUUUUCUUUUGUAAAAGUGUAUUUUUGCUAUGCUCACUUUACAAAGAUUAGAUUGAUAUUAGCUCUUAAUAUGUAAAUAAUACAUGGCACAUUUAUAUUA